ACUUUUAUAUUUUCAAAAGAGGUACAUUACAAAAGUACAGUCAAAUAAUAUAACAUUUACCCACCCAUCAGCAUAUACAGUAUAUAUAUAAACAUAGGCAUGCCUACACAGAGGCAUAGCCACAGAUGCAUGCAUGUACCCGUACAGUAAAAAAAAAAAAAAGUAGAAGUAAGAAUAAGAGUUAAACAGAGUGCUGUUAAGCAUUGCAAACACUCUGGGGACAAAAUGCUUUAAUUACUCCAAGUAUAAUUACAGUACAUGAGGAGUUCCCCAUUUAUUUAGGCAGAGUUUUCAGCCUCACUUUUCUUUUUUCUUCUUUGGGGCAAGUAGCAGCCCUGAAUCAAAAAAUGUGUUUCACUGACAUAAAUUAAGCUAAAAGCAGGUGUACUGAAGAGUGUGUGUGUGAAUUCAAGUUUGUUUAAUAUUUUCUUUGUAAGGUUUGUGUGUGGUUUUUAAAAAAAAACAAACUAAUAUAUUUUGCAGGUUGAUUACAUGGCAAGUAAAAUAAAAAAUCUGGAAAGUACUAUGUCACCACAGCUGAGUAAAAAUACAAUACAUUUCUCUAAAAGAUUGUUGACCCCUAUUCCAUAAGAGUUGGGAUGCUGGGUAAAAUGUUGAUUAAAAUAGAUUUUAAAAUAGAGGGCUGCCAGUUCUUCUAGUGUCCACCAGGUGUCAUAUGUGAUAUAGCCUUCAUAGAGAAACAGAUCUAUCUGAACAAGACAUGAAAGUUGAUAUGUAUAAGUAGCCUGAUACUCCUCAGAGAAACUUAACUGCACAUUAAAGUUUAUUUUGCUACUUCACCUUUCUUCAUGUCUUUUUGAAGUAUCGUCAGUUCCACUGAUAAUGACUGAAAAUGCAAUGUUGUGCAAUAUGACUGCAGCAUAAUUUGUUGUCAUAUUCCUAAUUGGGGGGUUGAUGCAUAUUGCUGUUCCAAUAGUCUGUGUUUAUGUAUCCAACAACUUCAUCUUUUCAAUGUUCCCAAACAUGUAAGUCUGGUCAAGACUUGAUGGAGUUCUGUAUGUGGAGUCAGAUAGAGUCUGAGAACAUAAAGCCUGAAAGUAUGUGAUCUGAUAAUUCAUCACAGUGUGUUGGGACAUGAUGACAGGCCUGCUGUCUGUUCAGUUUCAAGUGGCCGGAGAAGAAGUCUGAGACGCGCAUUCAAUGAGCGCCUCCAAAGACUGCCCCCUUCAGAGGAGAUAUUGAGCUUCUAUAUUUCUGACACAAGACUAAAAUGCAUAAAGUCCACAGACACAGAGGGCAGCAGUCGACUCAGCACGCACAGGUGGAGAAUGGGAAUGGGUCAUGACCAGGAGGAGUUUGCACUGAGUGGACUUGUACGACCUUCAUUGUGUUAAAGUCCUGCGCUCUGGAUUAUUCUCUUCAUCCUCAUUUGUGGCUCUCACUGCUUCCCCUGAGUUUGCAAAUUCAAAACGAUAUAUUUCUCCGUUGAUCAUUGCAUUCCUUCUUGGAUGCAAACAUCGUCAUGUUUAUCAGAACAACUUUUCUCCUCUACUUUGUGGUGACACUGUUAGAGCUUGCCCGUUGUAUGGAAAGUGAACUUUGCUUCCCGAUUAGACUGGACAACCACAACCAUGACGGGAAGCAUUUGGACAACGAAGUGGAUAUUCUCAACGGAAAACGUAUCCUCAAAAUAAAAGCUUUUCAGCAGGAAUUAGUGAUCGAUUUAAUGCAGGACUCCAAUUUCAUCGCUCCUUCACUCUCUGAACAGGACGCAUUCAGGAUCUCCAACACCGAUGCAACAGCUGACUUGAGCCGGUGUUUUUACUCCGGACAUGUGAAUUCAGACCCGUAUUCCUAUGCUGCUUUAAGCCUCUGUAAGGGUUUACAAGGUGCGUUUGGCUUUCAAGGAUGGGAAUAUUUUAUCAGCCCGGUGCAGAAUUACACCGCAAGCGCAGAAAGCGCACACAUCAUCCGGCGCAGAACCAGCAACAACCUGAAGCUCAAUUCAACCUCUAGGUGCGCAGUGGACAGCGACAUCAGUCUCCAGCUUGCACAAUCAUUGGAGAAAUACAAGCAUCUGAGAGAUUACAGCAAUGUGACAGAAACGAUGCUGAAGAGAAUGGGGAGAACUAAAAGAUUCGCAUCCGUGCCCAGGUACGUGGAGACGCUUGUGGUGGCGGACGAGUCCAUGGCCCAGUUCCAUGGAGAUGACCUAAAACAUUACCUCCUGACUCUGAUGUCAGUGGCUGCGAAGCUCUACAGACACCCCAGUAUCCUCAACUCCAUCAGCAUAACAGUGGUUAAGAUCGUGAUAAUAACUGAGGAGGACAAAGGACCCAAGGUGUCCGGGAACGCUGCCAUGACGCUGCGAAACUUUUGCACCUGGCAAAAGAAGAUGAACAAGAACAACGACAAGCAUCCGGACUACUGGGACACGGCAAUCCUAUUCACCAGACAGGAUCUGUGUGGAGCAUCCACCUGUGACACCCUUGGCAUGGCAGAUGUCGGCACCAUGUGUGACCCCAAAAGGAGCUGCUCUGUGAUCGAAGAUGAUGGCCUCCCCUCAGCCUUCACCACUGCUCAUGAACUUGGACACGUGUUCAACAUGCCCCAUGACAACGUGAAGGCCUGUGAAGAUGUGUUUGGCAAACUGCAGGACAACCACAUGAUGUCUCCCACUCUGAUUCAGAUCAACCGCAAGCCCUGGUCUCCCUGCAGUGCUGCCAUCAUCACGGAAUUCCUGGACAGCGGGCACGGGGAAUGUUUGCUCGAUCAGCCUCAGAAACCUUUGGUUCUCCCUGACAUCCGGCCGGGUAUAUCCUACAAUGUUGAACGCCAGUGUGAGCUCGCAUUCGGAGAAAACUCCAAGCCCUGUCCGUUUAUGCAGCCACCAUGCGGCCGCCUGUGGUGCACAGGGAAAUCCAAUGGCCAUCUGGUGUGUAUGACGCGUCACUUCCCUUGGGCUGAUGGCACCCACUGUGGGGAUGAACAGGUCUGCGACCGGGGAAUAUGCUCCAACAAACAGGUCCAAACUGUAAAGGUGGACGGCCGUUGGGGAAAGUGGGGCCCAUUCGGUUCCUGCUCACGUACAUGUGGAGGUGGUGUCCAACUGUCUAAAAGAGAGUGUAACAACCCAGUUCCGUCAAAUGGGGGUAAAUACUGCCAAGGGGUUCGGGUCAAAUACCGCUCCUGCAACUUGAACCAUUGCUCUGAUACAGGAAAGACUUAUCGUGAGGAGCAGUGUGAGAGCAGCGGACACAGUUUCAACACUAACAGAAUUGCUCACUCUGUGGUUUGGGUGCCCAAAUACUCUGGAGUGUCCACCAAUGACAGGUGUAAACUCAUCUGCCGGGCUAAUGGCACCGGCUACUUCUACGUCCUGUCACCCAAGGUUGUGGAUGGGACUCCGUGUUCCCCAGACUCCACAGGAGUGUGCGUCCAAGGGAAGUGCAUCAAGGCCGGCUGUGAUGGAAAAAUUGGCUCCAACAAAAAGUUUGAUAAGUGUGGAAUCUGUGGAGGAGAUAACAAAGGCUGCAAGAAAGUGUCAGGACUCUUCACGAAGCCUGAGCAUGGCUACAACUUUGUGGCCAUGUUGCCAGUAGGCUCAGCCAACAUAGACAUCCGUCAGCGAGGCUACAAGGGAAUGACGGGGGAUGACAACUACUUGGCAGUGAAGAACAGUGAGGGCCAUUACCUGCUCAAUGGGAACUACAUUGUGUCAGCUGGGGAGAGGGACAUCAUCGUAAAGAACAGCCUGCUGCGCUACAGUGGCACAGCGGGACACACAGAGACCAUACAGGCUGUGAAGCCUUUGGGAGAAGUCCUGACUGUGGAGGUGCUAUGUGCAGGCCAGAUGACACCUCCUCGCAUCCGCUACUCCUUCUACCUCGCCCGUCAAACCAAAGAAGACAAGACUCUGAAGAAGGAGAGUGUGAAUUCCCAUAACAGUGUCCUGGCUGAGGAUGGUGUCAAAGAGAAGCAAGAUGACAUGCUGAAGAAGUCAUACAGCAAGGUGGAUCCUGUUCUUGGCAAAUGGAUAUCUUCAAAUUGGGACAGGUGCUCUGUGACCUGCGGCACUGGGAUCCAGAGGAGGAUGGUGCAGUGUCUGACACCGGACGGUAAGCCAGGGCUGGACUGUGACUCUUCUCAAAGACCCCCUGCCACCAGGGUUUGUGGAGACCCAUGUCCUGAGUGGUUUACUGGGCAGUGGUCACCUUGUUCCCGAAGCUGUGGGAAGGGCUUCAAGAGACGGCCAUUGAACUGCAAAACCACAAAGGGACAUCUUCUCCCCAGAGACCACUGCACUGGCUUGCGUAAGCCACAGGAGCUGGACUUCUGUAACCUAAGCCCUUGCUAGUGACUUAAACCUACAGACUAAAAAAUCGUUGUUUUAUUUCAGUGGACUGAAUUACAUCCACCUGCAAAUAUCAAACAAACCUAUGUCUGCAAGGUGCGGGGUUUCCACCUGCAUCAUGGGAAAAUUGCUCAGAGGAACUACAAGAAUAUCUGAUGCAGAGUGAAAGCUGCAGGAUAAAUGCUGGAAGAUAUUUCUCACUGCCAUUACUCUGACUUCAUAAGAUGCUGUCCAGGCCUUGCUCUGAUUGCAAAUUAACAAAUCAGACAGUCAAAUUACAUUUUUACUAAAUUCUUUCUACCUUCAGUAUACAGAAUUCCCAUUUGCAAGCAAUUAAUCCAGUUUAUCCUUGAAGUCUGGAACCCAUUUCAAGUCAUAAUAUUUGAAAAGCAGGUUUGAAAGUUUUGAUUCAGGCUUGCAAAAGUCUCUAUAUAGCCUCCUGGUGGUCCAAAAAAAGCAAACAUACCAGCAUUGACAUGCAUAACAUUUUACAAAAUGGACCAAAAGGUAAUGCUCAUGGGCUGCUCAACACUUUACAGAGAAGGACAAUACGCUCAUGGCUCAACAAAAUCUUACUUAUCCAUGAUUUUUCUAGAGAUGUGCUGAUAUGAUUAUACCCUUUUAAAUGUCAAUCCUGAUGUCUGGACUGGAGUAGCAAUCAAUACCAGGUGCUGCUAAUCAUCCAAGUGCAAAAUAAAAAGUCAAUAUAAGGUGGAAAA